AUGAUUUCAGAUUCUUUACCUACCGAUCUCAUCACCGAGAUACUGUCGAGGUUACCAGCAAAGUCCCUCGCUAGGUUCCGUUCCGUUUCGAAGCAAUGGGCAUCAAUAAUCGACCAAACACAGUUCAAACACUUGUUCCUAACCAAAUCAUCGUCUCAUCCUCGUCUCACAUUCGCCAUCGAGGAAAAAGGUCUCUGGAGCAUCUUCUCUUCACCUCAGCAGCAUCUGAUUCCACACGACGACAAGGCUUCAUCUUCAUCGUCGUCUCUUGUAGUAACCCCCGAGUUUCACAUGAAGUUCCCUCCAGGCCCUAUGCGGAUCUUUCGUCGCGGCGACCGACAAUUCGCGUGCGGCUACGCCUCCGGUUUGGUCUAUUUCUACUGUAUGAUUACCGGUUUGGAGGAUAAAGACGAAGCGCCUGUGGUGUGUAAGCCUAAAACAGGACGGUAGGAGACCUUGCCUUGGAUCUUACGGUACAGGAAGUCGUACAGCUUUUUCGGGUUUGAUCCGGUUGGGAAGCAGUACAAGGUGUUGCACGUGGCUUAUCCGUGCGGUCCCGAUGAUCACAGAGUUAUGACACUGGGAGCGAGAGGAGCUAGGUGGAGGAAGGUCGACUGUUCGUUAGGACUUGUUGUGAAGAUGAGUGAAGGACUAUGCAUUAACGGGGUUUUGUAUUACUUGGGCGACACGUCUGAGUGCGAGGGUGAG